GGCUAAGGCUUUUUUCAGGCAGUACAUAGCGGCGCGCGGGCCAAGACGCGCGUCAGAGCUUUUAAGCUCCAGUGUCUGUAGAGGCUACUUACUAAAUUGAUUAUAGAGCCAGUGUUCGGAGAUAUAGUUCGGAUUUUAAGGUUUAAUCAAGAUGUCAGCAGAUCCAGCACCGCUGUCUAAGACAGCCAAAUAUAAGAAGAUCACAAAACCACUACUUGAAAGGAAACGGCGCGCGCGCAUUAACCGAUGCCUCGAUGAAUUGAAGGACCUCAUGGUUGGCGCUCUAGAGAUCGAUGACGACAACUUAAGCAAGUUGGAGAAGGCUGAUAUCCUUGAAUUAACUGUAAACCAUCUCACAAAGUUACAUCGCCCUAAAGACCCGGUUAUAGAAGCGAAGAAGUUUCAAGCGGGAUUUGGGCAAUGUGCCGCAGAAGCGUGCAGAUUUAUUAUGUCGGUGCCUGAGCUAGAUACAAAUGUCAGCCAAAACCUCGUUAGUCACCUGUCGAGACUCAUCACUGCGCAGCCUCUUACCAUUCAAGUGCCCGAGCGUCCGCCUUUUUCCCCGCCGACAUCACCAUCGUCGAUUGUUUCUGAUAGACAGCACUAUUACAGCGACCACGACAGGUCGUCAUCUGAUGCUGAAGAUUCUAUGUAUGCCGGCGAUAGUUCCUCAAAACAAUGGGUGUACAGAACCAACGCUAGAGCGCCUAUGCAUGCCAACGCACCCCUCACCGGCUUGCUCACGACAAUCGAUAAAAUGUCUUCACAUCACACGGAGCAGUUCAACGGUCCAUCAAGAAAUGGUGCAUACUUCAAUAGAGUACCAGCUGAGGCAAAAGAUGUAAUCUUGCGAAAAAUCCGACAACACAUUAUGGAUAAACGUGGCAGCGAAAAUUAUAACACCGGCGACUUGAACGUAAGCGCGGAACCAGUUGAACCAAAAUAUUUACACAGAGAUGAAGCGUACGCAGGCGAUGAAGACCGCGAUCAAUACUCACCACCGCAUGCGUCAAACAACAAUAUUACGCUAGAUUUAAGAAAAGUCAGAUCUCCAACGAAACUUCUUACGGAGAGUUCACCCAAAAGUGUAGUUGCAUACGGCACGAAUCAGUUAGACGCGGCUUCCUCCGAGAGCAAAGUUGAAGCGACGAUCACUCUUCCGGAAAAAUGCGAAUUACCGAUGGAUUACAGUAAUUUGCCGCCAAAAAAGAAAAGGAAAUUGAUCGAGUACCAAGAGUACAAAAAACAAGAGGAGGCAAGGCGACAACUGGACGCUUUUUAUGCGGAGAAAAAAGACCGAGAGAGACCACCGGCGGAACUGGACGCGGACGGGAACAAGUGGCGCCCUUGGUAGGCCAUUGUUUACGCGCCGUUGCUAAUUUGUGAUAUUGUUAGUCUCUUCCACGAAAAAGCUUUAAUUUAUAUUUAUAAGUGUGUUUAAUCAUUUCAUAUUUGUUUAUGUACUACAUAUGUUCACAUUCGUGCCUAGCGUUAGCGCUAGCGCUAGUGUAUUUGUUAUUUAUAAGAUUUAGACCUUUUAUAAGACCUAACUUUAGAUGUGCCAUUGUUUUGAUCUCGAUGUCUUCCUUGUAAAUUAUUAAAGUUUGAAGUCUUCCGUAACUUGUGUUAAGGAGUUUUAUAAUACAUCUGUGUGAUUAUUAUGUUAAAGAAUACCUUUUGUACUUAAAUAAAAAAAAUAUAAAUAUCUAC